AUGUCGACCGGUGCAACGACGUGGACACGCCACUCAAUGGCUCGUUCAGCUGUUCCAACCUCAUCUUCAACCGGCUCCACUUCCUACUCAUCGAACAUGCCAUCGUCCACAGCACCUUCACUCCAACCCACAACCCGAGGCAUCGACCUCGGAGGUUGGAGUGUGCGAGUCACCAGCGGUCCCAUUGGCUCAUCUGCCGAGAUGGACGCACUCGCCGACCUACUCGGCAUCCCGCCACCCGAAAUGGCCUUCCCCCACAACUCGCUUGUCCUGCAACACACUGAAUCCGGAUUCAGCCUGUGUUUUGAUGCUGUGCGUACGCUUCGCUCUGUAGAAGGUGUGCAGUCCGCCAACCGGCUAUACGGCGUUGACUGUCGCGAUACGCCCACGAAUGGAAAAAGCAGUGUUCCUGGAGCGAAACCAAAGGCGAAGACUGCAUCGUCGAUCAAAGUCGCCUAUGCCAAAGAGUGGGGCAAGAGUAGAACAGACUUUGUCGCUUCGAAUUCAACUGCUGCCGCUGACGAAGCGUCAGUGAGCGGCACAGCAGGAACUGGAUCCCACUUUGGCACUGCAACAGCCGACAUCACCGCAGCCAAAGAUUACGAUUGGACCUACUCCAACACCUGGGCCGGCUCCAUCGGCGACACUUCUCCUCAAGCGCUCCUCUCGACUGAGACCGUGCCCACAAUUGCGUCCGAUUUACGACGUCUGUCUCAACCAUCGCCGGAACUUUCCACGCGGGGCGAACAGUGGUUUGAACCAGGCACAGAUCCAGCCCUCGAUCGAAUCCCCGUCGAACGACUCGGUCCCUCCUCCGGCGAACCCAUUCUGUUUUACGACGAUAUUGUGCUGUACGAAGAUGAAUUGGCGGACAAUGGUAGCUCGAUCGUCAAUGUCAAGGUGAGGGUGAUGCCUAGUGGGUUUUUGGUGCUACAGCGAUUUUUCCUCCGGGUCGACGAUGUGGUGUUUAGGGUGUUUGAUACAAGGCUGUACUGUCAAUUCGCGCCUCAACCAGUGCCGAAAUCGAUCGUAUCGACGAGAGGAACAAGAUUGGCGUCGGCGGCCAACACGGUUAGUGGUACGCUUCCGACAAGUUUAGCGCAGCUCAGUUUGGGCGCUCCUCGGACGGCGAAAUCCGGCGAUUCGGACAUUGUCAUGUCGACUAGCGAGCAAGACCAAGACUCGGAAGAUUGCUUCCUUCCACGCUUGAUUCGAGAAUGCUCUGGCAGCUCGGCGGCGUACUCGCUUGUGCGCUCCCAUCUACCCCCCUACAGACCGCACGAUCUGUCGCCGAUGACGGAUGUCAAUUGGGUCACCGAGACGCUGACCAAGAUUUCGCGCAGUCGGGUUGCUGCGUACCACGCCGACGUUGCUUCGGGUACACAGCUACCUAAGUUGGCGGAGAAGGAUGCUAGUGCUGGGGCCAAGUACCUCUCUCCCACCACUGGUGCUGGCGUGGGUGGGAUCAAAGCGGCAACAACAGCGGCGAGUUUACGAGGCACGAGAUACUAUCCAGGAUCGACAGCAACGCCAGCAGGUGUCACUGGGUUUCCUGGCACAAGACCAGGUGAGAGAAUAGAUCUGUCGCCAGCACAAGCGCCCUCGUCAGUAGGAAGCGGCUCCGCACAUAUUUUCGGUCAGAUCCAAGAUUCUUCGAGCAGCGCUGGUGCAGACGAUUCCGCCUGGCAAGGCUGCGGUGCUCGUGUAGACGUUGCCGUUCUUCGAGCGCGUUAG